UCUGAAGAACACAUUAGCAAGUGAGACAAUGUGUACGUUGGAGAAGCGAGGUAGAGUUUUCAUACUGAAGCUCACCGGCGACGGAGACGAGCAUCGCCUCAGCCCCGCCGUGAUAGAUGAAAUCAACUCUACCGUCCGCCGUGUCCGGUCCGACCCGUCCGCUUCGCGGUCGGUCCUCGUCACCACGGCCGAAGGCAAGUUCUUCUCCAACGGCUACGACUUCUCCGCCGGUCGCUCCGAUCUCUCUCUCCUCCACCUCAUGCACGCAAAGCUUCGUGCCCUCUUCGCCAACCUCAUAACCCUCCCUCUUCCGACGAUCGCCGCCGUCACCGGCCACGCCUCCGCCGCCGCAUUCUGUCUGGUGAUGUGUCACGACUACGUCCUUAUGCGUCGCGACAGGGGUUUCCUCUACAUGACCGAGCUCGACCUCGACCUCGAGAUUCCGGCGUGGGCCAUGUCCUUGAUCCGGCUGAAAAUAGGAUCGCCGGCGGCGAGAAGGGCAGUGGUGAUGACAUCGGCGAAGUUGACGGCAGUUGAGGCGGCCGAGAAGGGGAUCGUGGGCGGGGCGUACGAUGGCGCGGCGGGGGCGGGGGGAGGGAUCGUGGACGGGGCGAACGAUGGCGCGGCGGAGACGGUGGAAGCCGCCGUUAGGUUGGGUGAGGAUCUGGUGAGUCGGGGGUUUGAUGGACACGUGUAUGGUCGGAUGAGGGAGAUUCUUCUAAAAGAGGUUCUCGAUGAGAUUGUCUCUUGUGAUACUUCAUCAGCUUGUGUACGGAACAAUGCUUCCAGAUUGUAA